AAAAACGCUGAAGAAAUGAGUGACAUUAUUAAAAAAUUCGAGUCCGAGGCUAUGGAAAUAGAGCAGAAAUAUGAGCAAAAAUUGACAAGUCAAUACGAAUCGUUGAAUUUGAAACACCGAAUGGAAAUUACAGAGAUUGAAGAAAGAAAAAAUAUGCAGAUCGCUAACUUGAUAAAAAAUCACGAAAAAGCUUUUCUUGAUAUGAAAAACUAUUAUAAUGACAUUACAAUCAACAAUUUGUCGCUUAUACAAAGUCUCAAGGAACAAAUGGAAGUGAUGAAAAGCAGUGAAGAUAGAACGAAGAAACAAGCCCGAGAGUCGAUAACCGAAAACAAGAAGCUGACAACUGAUUUGAAGUCGUCGACGGAACAAGUUGCUGAAUUGACCCGGCAAUUGACCAAUUAUGAAAAGGACAAGCUUUGUCUUUCGAAUACAAAGAAGAAAUUGGCGGCCGUUUCAAAAGACUACGACAAUUUAAAAUGGGAGAACGAAGUUCUCGAAAUGAGGUUCGAAAAGUGCCAAAAAGAACGAGACGAACUUCACUCGAGAUUCGUGUCCUCUAUUUUGGAACUGCAGCAAAAAACUGGACUGAAGAACGUUUUGCUUGAGAAGAAAUUGGACAAGCUUUCUGAGGUGUUGGAACAAAGAGAGGCGCAGAUUGGAGAAGUUUUAGCGGCUGCGCAGUUGGAUCCUGCUACUACGGGGCAAAUUAGUCAGAAAUUUGAGGAUAUUUUGAACCGGAAGAAUACAGCCAUACAAGAUUUACAAUACGACCUAGCCAAAGCUUGCAAAGCGCACGACGAUCUUCUUAUGAACUACGAAAACAAACUUCAAGAGUACGGAAUUGCGGAUUCGCCUUUAGGACAACCUCUAAGGUCGAUAAGGAAGAAAAGGAACAAUCGAACGGAUAAAAUUCUUUCAAACUUAUGUUAA